AUGUCUUCCAACCCAGAGACAAAUGGAGAGGAAAUUCCCUCCGGUGAUACCGCCUUCAUCAUAGAAUGUCUGAAGCACCUAAACGAGUCCAAACAGGUCGACAUCAGUAAAGUCGCAGGGGCUCUCAAGUACAGCAAUGUUGCGUCUGCCGGUAACCGUUUUCGUGCUCUGCGCAAGCGCUAUGGCUUCGUCAACCUCGAGUGCAAGAACUCCUCCACUCCCACUAAAGCUAAUAAAUUCACGAACAACGGCAAGGCUGGCAAGGAAGGCCUCGAUGCCGAUGAAGAACAUGAUUCUGCCGCCGAUACGGUCAUGUCCUCUCCCACUAAGCCGCCUAAGAGAUCUACUGGACGGAAGGGCGCAAAGGCUACCUCGAAGCCAAUUCCCGCGACUGAUUCCAUGGAUACCGAGGGCCCAGCUUCUCCAUCCAAGAAACCUGCUGCAAAGCGCGGCCCUAGAGGUAGGGGUAAACAGAUUGGAAAUCCGCUAGCCGUGAUGGACUCGGUCGAGAUCCCAGUCAAGAAAGAGUGGGACGGCAUAAAAGCUGAAGACGAUGACCUUGGCAAGACUGAAGUUUGA